GUAAGUGUUUCCGGGGCCACAGUCAGUGCUGCAGGUCAGUGCUGGGUUAUAUUUAUUAUUAUUAUUAUUAUUAUUAUUAUUAUUAUUAUCACUUAAUGUGUUCAUAUCAAGCAGAAUGAACCCUGCCUGGAUAAUGGCUUUAUUCCCCCUUCAUUGCCCUUAAUGCAGCCAUUCAGCUUCAUUAAUUCUGGGAUAAAGCGGCGCUAUAUGGGGGAGCUGGCCCCGUGCUGGGGAUUCAGAGUAAAGCGGCGCUAUAUGGGGGGAGCUGUCCCCGUGCUGGGGAUUCAGAGUAAAGCGGCGCUAUAUGGGGGGAGCUGGCCCCGUGCUGGGGAUUCAGAGUAAAGCGGUGCUAUAUGGGGGAGCUGGCCCCGUGCUGGGGAUUCACGUAAAAGCGGCGGCUAUAUGGGGGGAGCUGGCCCCGCGCGGGGGUUCACGAGUAAAGCGGCGCUAUAUGGGGGGAGCUGGCCCCGCGCGGGGGAUUCACAGUAAAGCGGGGCUAUAGGGGGGAGCUGGCCCCGUGUCGGGGAUUAGACUAAAAGCGGUGUUAUAUGGGGGGAGCUGGCCCUGUGCGGGGGAUGUACAGUAAACCAGCGCUAUGUGGCUGUUGCUGGCCCUGUGCAGGGGAUUCAGAGUAAAGCGGUGCUAUAUGGGGGGAGCUGGCCCCGUGCGGGGGAUUCAGACUAAAGCGGUGCUAUAUGGGGGGAGCUGGCCCCGUGCUGGGGAUUCACAGUAAAGCUGCGCUAUAUGGGGGGAGCUGGCCCCGUGCAGGGGAUUCAGACUAAAGCGGUGCUAUAUGGGAGCUAUCCCCGGGUGGGCGGGAUUCAGACUAAAGCGGUGCUAUAUGGGGGGAGCUGGCCCUGUGCGGGGGAUGUACAGUAAAGCAGCGCUAUGUGGCUGUUGCUGGCCCUGGGCGGGGUAUUCACAGUAAAGCAGUGCUAUAUUGGAGGAGCUGAAUAUUUUUCUCUGUUCUAUAUGCAGAAUUUGGGGAGUGGUCACUCUCUGUGCAUAUUGCAGAGGGACACUGUAGAUGUGGAUUUCUAAACUCUAAUGUUCCCCAACCUAUGAAUGUAAGUGUUAACCCCUCCCCAUGUAAGAUUUACUUACCUUAUAUCCUGCGGCACAAUGUUCUCUGUGCUGUAGCUCCACCUCUUUGGCUGAUAUUAUUAAUGAUCUCAGUCGUUUCAAUGUUUACACAUUGGGAGGCUAAUGUGACAUUAUAGGUCCCCAUGAUAUCAUUUCCUGUUUUCUCUCUAGAUUAUUUACCAAACAUGAAAUCCCAGGGAUCCCAUUUUGAAAAAGCCCUAGUGGCGAAACGCAUAAAUUGUUUUAUUAAUUGUAUAAUUUAUAUAAUUAAAGAUUUUUUUGGUUACUAUUUGUGCCAGCUAUCUUUCUACACAUUUUUUAUUCUACAUGGCAUCUAAUCGAUUUUAUUGCGUGUUUACAAGCCUAUCCGAGGUGGGGAUCAUACCACCAACGCUGUUACCAUAGUGCAGUCGGCCUGCACUAUACUUAUAAGUACAUUUUCAUUUUUUUAAAACAACUUUUAUACUUUGUUAAACAGUGAGCACUAUUAGCUGUUUUUUUAUAUAUCCCUUUCCUGAGAGUUGGACAUCAUUCCCUCCAGAGGACAAUCACCCGUAUAUCCCAUAAGCAAGGAUCAUUCCGCUGUAUGCCGGUUAUACCUGAGCUGGCUAUAGCUUAUUUAAAUGUGAGUGGAAUAUAUAUAUCUUUUUCUCACAUAUAUUGACCCUUACACUCUAUACGAUUGGUCUCUUAUUUUAUGUCUUUCAUAUAACGAGAAUACUCGGACUACUUUAAACAGAGAGGAGACCCCUUCAUCAAAAGCACCUUGUAAUGGCUACCCAGGUAGUCAGAGGGUAUCAGCCGUUGGAGACGUCCUUUUCUUCCCGGCAAGUCGCUGUAUAGUAGUGGAGUUGCUUAUUCCCAUCCACUGGAUCCAAGGCAGGAGUCAGGUAGAGCUCUUAAAAGAGCUAAGUGAUUAUGCUGCACAUUCCCUUUCAGUAACGAGACGAGGCUACGUUUUGAAGGGUCAAGAAGAACUGGCUUUUAAUGGCAGGUACUCUCUUUUCAUGUGAUUCUGCCCAUGCAAGGGAGACACCCACAUAAUUAAUAAAACAACCAAUAAAACAUAAGGUACAUCCCACACAUCUCCUCCCCUUAGAUAAGCUUGUAACACAAUUAUCAGAGACACAUUUUCCCCCAAGUUUUGGAUGUACCCCAAAUACCUGGGGUACAUGCAUAAAUCCAGUGUCCCCAGAUAGCCUUAUUCUGGGGGACCAACAUAUUAAAAAAUCAGAAAAGAGGGUGCGCCUUUAAUGCAAUAUGUAUAAAAUGAACACGCAGAAUAAUAUAUAGCUAAAAAUAAAGUCCAGGGUAAUAGUCCACAAUAAAUGAAGGAAGAUUCUUGUAGAACAGUGAUGAUUCGUCCCAAAUGUAGGCUUGUGUUUUCAAUGAGCCAUAUGUGGAGAGAAGUAGAGAGGAGAUCCAAUGGUACAGUAUGUAAGUUAAUAUCGAUAUAUAUAUAUAUAAAAAUAAGUAAGUAUUACUCACAAUUUCCAGAGCUAAAAUCCAGCUCUGGUAUGAAGUGCGUGAAGUGGAAUGAUCCCCACUCAAGGAUAUAUGGAGUUGUAGCUUGAGAUUAAGUAGUCCAACAAGGAUUCCGACCGAAAAUUAAAACAGAUAAAAUAUAUAGUGCUCACUGAAUAACUAAAUAUAGAUUUAAAAGAAAGUAUGAAAUGUACUCACAAUAUAUUGAGCAGACCUUACUGCUCGAUUUGUAGCGUGUGGGUGGUAUAAUCCCCACCUAAGGAUUCUUUUGGCGUUUCAUAGAAUGGUGAAAAUCCAAAUCGUCAGGCUUAGAAAUAAAAAGUAAAAUAGGAAUGUGGCAACUAAAAUGUUUUGGUCCAAAAUUCCUUUAUUAUAACAAUAUAAAAAGUAAUAAAACAACUUCUAGACGCGUUUCGGCUACAACAGGAUUCUUCAAGUAGAAUAUAGUAAAAACAUAAACCUGACUUACAAUGCUUUAUAUAGGGUACAUUAAUUGUAUUGGAAUUCGAAUAUUCCCGCCAAAAUGACGUCAUAACAAGCUUACUUUUAAGAUACAUAUCGAAAUAGUGUGGAAAUUAUACAGACAUCAUGUACAUACACUUAAAGAAUAAUUAUGCAUAUAAUUUUAAAAAAGAGAUGCUAAUGUGUAGAAAAGUUAAUGAAAAAGAUCACGUGGCGCGCGGCUAAAAUUGCUUCCGCGUCACGUGAGUAUGGUGAAACGCAUGCGUCCCAUAUUAAUGGAACACAUGCGUAUAGAGGAUGUGCCAGCCGGGCGGGGCAAGUGGAGCGUUGCGUCAUCAGAGGGGAGGAACCCUCUGGUGAUCACGAGCAUGGACAGUGUGAGCAUGCUGUCUGCUCAAACAGACGAGCAGACAGCAUGCCCACUAAUAAACCAGGCGGGCCACAGGAUCGAAACCCAAAGGGGCACAGUGCUACUGCAUUGUGACUGGGGGGCAGAGAAAAACUAAAUCAACCUUUUACAUCAAUAAAUAAUACAAUAUGCAAACUUAAAUUAUUAUAAUUCCUCAUAGGUAUAUAAUAGAUAUAUAGGGGACUAAUAUAAAAAGGGGAUAUGGACUAAGAAUAUGGACUUUUACAUUUGUGGCACUAUUAGCGCUGAUCCUAUUUUGAUUCUUUCUCCUAAUAUUAAAAAAUCAGCUCAUUCGGUUCAGUGGUUCGGGAGAUAUGGAGCUUUGAAGUUUUGACCGACCGCACCGGCAAAGUGACCGAAAAUAGUUCCAUAAGUUUUGGCCUUGUGGUUGGUCUUUGUUCGCGCAUAAAAAAGUCCCGAAAGGCUUGCCAUCCGUGCGUAACUCGACGUUCGCCAGAAUCCCCAUAUGCUACUAAGUCUUUCUACCUAACGGCAGGUUGUUCGGUAGUUUUGGCACAAUUUCCCGGUGCUAUGGAGGUCUCGCCUACUCGAGUGUCCGAUUUUAGUUCCAGACACUCAAUGGCAAAACACCGCUGUUCGGGAGUUAAGAUGGCCGCGAACACGUGUAAAAGUCCUGAAAUGGGGGCCACCUAGGCACUUCUCAAAGCGUUCGUGGGUUUCCUAUGCAGACCGUAUUCGCAGAUCAUGGAGGUAAAUUACCCAUAAUUAGGUAGCAGGGUGGUCCGGUGUUCGGUUGUGGCAAACCUAGCCACUUGGACAAUAUAAAGAGACUGUGCCCUUAAGGGUUGCCUGUAUGUCUGUGGGGAUAUGGGUUUAACUAAGUGUAAUGUAUGCUGGCUGUAAUAACGUGUAUUUCCUGUAUUGGCUAUCUGCCGAAUGCAGAUAGCUGUAUUUCAUUUCGUUUCACGAACGGCACUUUUGCGGGCCGUUCGUGAACCAAAACAACCACCAUGUAGUAGCCCACACACUUAGAGACGUGUGGCGCUUGUUAACCGAUUGCAACAAUGUUCCAAUCGGUAAUUAGAGGCUCUCCUAGGUGGCCGCCGUUCGACUACCGACCAUGCGGCGGUUGGCCAUCUUGGAUACUUUGUUCCCUCAGCGGUGUUUGGUCGUCAAGCGCGUGGUACUAAAAAUGGCUACUCGACGGCGCGAACACUGCUGAGCUUCCAGGCCGUUCGGGAGUUCCGGGCCGUUCGGUAUUAUGUUCCCUAGACUUCAAUCGGCCUUUUGAAUAUAUAUUUUAAUGAAUGUGUUUUUUGUACGGCGUUCGGUUGUUUUAGCUGGGAUCUGAGCAGUAAUCUCACCAAUGAUGCACUCAGACCCCAGCUAUCUACCGAACGUCCAUUCGUGCAAAUAGACUGCAUAUUCGAAAAGUUAUGUAUUUUAAUAUAAAUUGCCGGUUCUGCUGCACGGAGGGAUAAUCCACUUAACGGUACAUUCCAGUGGGAGGAUCCCUCUCGUGCAGCAGUGCCUGAUGGGAGAAAGGCUCUGUAAUGUAAGUUCCCCAUGUAGUCAACUCUGGGAAUGCCCCUGGGAUGGGACUCAGGAAACCCCUUGCAUGGUGAAUUGCAUAAAUUGUGGAGCUGAAAAUAAAGACCUCAGUUGACUCUCAGAUCUGUGUUUCGUCCGGUUACUGGGAGAUUUGGGAUAUUGCCUUGCUUUUCAGCGCUUGACUGUGGAUUACUUCCUGAACCAGCGGAAUUUGUGGAUUUAAUAUUGCCGAGCCGCUACAUGGGUAGUUUGCAUUCGUAUGAAUGCUUUAAACGUCCCGAACUGUUGUUUAGCAAAAUCCCCAUGAAAGCAGGUAAGGCUCUUCAAUUUGUUACACACCUUAAAAGACAUUUAUUGUCACAGUGCAACUUCUAAAUCUCUUUGUACUAAUUUAUAUAUAAUACCAACUAUUUUGUUUGCACUUUUUUAUAUGUCUCAUUUAUAUGCUUUAUACUAUCUGUAGUCCACAUUGAUAUAUUUUGGCGCCGCUUAGCAUUACUGUUGUUGUUGUUGUUUUCCAGAAAUAUAUCACAGCCUAUUUAUUUAACCCCUUAAGGACCAAGCUUCUGGGAUAAAAUGGAAUCAUGACAUGUCACACAUGUCGUGUCCUUAAGGGGUUAAAUUCAGAUUUGAAUUCACUAGACAUGAGACACUAUAGUGGUGAAAACAUCCUUAUUAUCAUGGAUUGGGAGCUUCUUUUUUAUAUUUCACAUCAGAGUAUGGUAUUUGUUGUUUCAUGCUCUGUAUACGUCAGGAUUGACAAUAUCAAAUACCAAAUGAUCAUUUGUUUUAUUUCCAUCUCUUUUCCUUUCAUAUAGAUAUAUAUAUACCUUCCUAUCGCCCAAUUUUAAUUAUAUAGUCUUUCUACAAUUUUAUUUAACAACGAAAUACACAUACAGACUAACCUAGACAAACAUUUGUUUGGAUCGCAGUGCACCAGAAAAAAAAAAGAAAAAGAUGAGGGGUUCGAGGCGAGGGUGUGACGAAAACCCUGUUUGGACAGACUCAGGGAAACAGCAUUUCGUCUAAAUAUUCGUGUGUUUGGCUAUUUCGUGAUUUGUAAAAGAGCUGAACAAACUCCCGAACCACCCGACCUCCCACCAGGGUCGUGUGCAGCUCAUUUACCCCCCAGAACUUGCGGUUAACCGCAAGGUAAUUGAUGAAAGGCUUGGUGGUCCGUGUUCGGCUGCCGAACAUGUGGCGGUCGCCAUUUUAAAUCAUCGAACGCUCAGCAGUAGAUGGUCGUUGACCCUCUGGAACUGUUUUCGGACACUUAUUUAGCCGCACACCGCUGAAGCGCACCAAGUUCCCGUCCAUUCGGUUAAUAACUCCCAAACACUUUACCGUUCGGGACUUUCCUAUUAUACGAGCAAGACCGACCCCAGGUAGCUGCAGUUAUGAAACUCUUUUCGGAUUCAAUCUCCCGAACAACUGGUGAACUAAAAACUUUACUCGACGAUAUUGAAAACUGUGUUCGUGGGAUCUGAGCACUAUUCGUCUAUAUUGUGUGCUCAGAUCCAAGCUAUCUGGGAGUAUGUGGAACAUGGAGACUACAUUCAGCCAAAUGAGUUAUGGAUUUUAAUUCAGUUUUGUCAAAAUGUAAAAAGGACAUGUUUUCUCUACCUGGAGAUAAUUAGGUUCUAUCUAACCAGUUAAGUUAAUUAUCUCCAGGAUAGAGGGGAGGGGUUGCACUGUUACUGUGGGUGUGUUUAAUAAUUGUAUUGUAAACUGAUUGGUUCUGUAUAUUUUGUCACAGUUUUCCACAAGGUCCCCUGUGGGAGUUUCCUUGCUGGGAGACCAUCAUAAAAGGCUGAGUUUGGCCAUCAAUAAAUCAGAUCGUUUUACCCCAUCAUGAAGUCUUGACUCAUAAUCGAGCUAUAUUCACUACUUCGUUGUGACGAGACCAAUCUCGCCACAUUGCAUUGGAGAAGCCUGGUUGCUCGCCUGUUGCCUUUGGAUUAUGGCCCCAUGUUAAAAGGCUUGAUUUUCCCCUGCAAAGACAUGAAAGCCGGGUCAUUUGGUGCUUGCCCUGUUUGAGCGGUGAUACCCCAGAUAGCUAUGCCAUGGAGCCCAUUCGUAUAAUGAAAAGGCUCUGGGAAAGACUUUGGCUCCAUGGCAAUUGUGUAUGUGUGUGCUCAGAUCUGAGCUAUCUGGGGAUAUGUUGAUGCUACACCAUCCCAGGUCGUCUAUCCUUUGGUACAAAGGGAAAUAGAUAGAGGUAUUUUUAAUUUAACCAAUACCCCCCUGACAGAUGAUGAAAUUAAUUUAUUGUCUAAAGGAAUGAAGUUUGCUCCUAGUAAAACCUGUAAUGAUUUUAACCUCUUUAUAGAUUUAAAGAAAUUUAUUCGUUCACUAACUAUUAAAAGACAUUUUCUCUUAAACCCACCACCUUCGGAUGACACCGUGAAUGUUUCAACCACCCCUUUUAAUUAUAAUUUUCAACGUAAAUCACAUUUUUUUCCUAUACAAAGCAAAGGUCCGUUUUUAGAGACAUUUGAACAUAUGGUGAAUCAAACGUUCCAGCCUUUUAGUACAAAUGAUAAGAAAAGAUCCCGAGCCUCUAAUUUUACCAAAAGAGAGGAAGAAACUUUAAAAAAUUUAAUGGAUCGUGAUGAUCUAAUAAUUAGGGAGGCGGAUAAGGGUGGUGGCAUCGUUUUGAUGACCACCUCCUAUUAUCUAGAAGAAUCUGCUAAUAUAUUGGGGGACAAAAAUACUUAUACCACUCUAGCCAAUGACCCAACGUCACGUUUUAAUAUGGAACUGGGGAUCCUUCUAGAUCAGGCAUAUAACAGUGGGAUUAUUACUCAAAAAAAUUUAGACUUUUUAUUUCAAAAAAACCCUGUUAUACCGAUUUUUUAUUUUCUUCCUAAAACACACAAACGCCUCCCUAAUCCACCAGGGCGUCCUAUUAUUAGCGGUGUAAAUUCACUAACAGCUAAUCUAUCCGCCUACGUUGAUUCCUUUCUGCAGAAAUACGCACAGGGAGCGCCUUCCUAUGUGCGCGAUACAAAAUCUUUUUUACAAGAACUGGAGUGUAUUGAAUGGAAAUCGGAAUACAGUUGGGCCACACUAGAUGUGACCUCUCUGUAUACUGUGAUCAGUCAUCACUUAGGGUUGGAGUCCAUUGACUAUUAUAUGUCCAAAGAUAAUACAUUAUCUGCAGGUCAUAGAGAGUUUAUUUUUUCUUCAGUUCAAUUUAUUUUGGAUCACAAUUAUUUUUUCUUUAAUGGUGAUUAUUAUUUACAAACCACUGGGACCGCCAUGGGUACCAGGUUCGCCCCCAGCUAUGCCAACACCUACAUGAGAAGAUGGGAAGAACUUUUUGUGUGGUCUGGGCAUGGCUGGAGGGAGAGCCUGGUCCUAUGGCGGCGGUAUAUUGAUGAUGUUAUUAUUAUUUGGAAGGGAUCUUCGGUUGCUUUUCAGGAGUUUGUUCAAUACCUUAACUGCAACCAGUACAAUCUGGUCUUUACUCCAGUAUGGAAUAAAUAUGAAAUUCAUUUUUUGGACCUGGUCCUUUUCUGUGAUCAAGAACAAAUACAGACCAAAUGUUUCUUCAAACCCACAGAUGGUAACGGCUACGUACACCAACGUAGCUGUCACCACAAACCGUGGUUACGGGGCAUAGCUAGAAGUCAGUUUACACGUGUCAGACGUAAUUGCUCUAAUCCUCAGGAUUUUAGGACCCAAUCACUAUAUAUUAAGAAAAAGCUUAUGGAUAGAGGUUAUAAAAGAAAUGCUUUGGACAAAGAAAUCCGUUCCAUCAGCUCGGUACAACGUAGUUCAUUAUUAGAAGACAAGGGCAGUACAAAUGAAAAUAAUAAAAACUUUAAGUCAUCUUUUAUAACUCAAUACAAUACCGAUCAUCAUAAAAUCAAAAAAAGUUUGCAGGAUUUCUGGCCCAUUUUACUCCAGGACCCAGUUUUGGGAGAGUCUUUAUCGGAUCGCCCUAUGGUGAUCUAUAAAAAGAAUAAGAAUCUUAAGAACCUACUGGCUCCUAGCUACGCUAUUAAACCUCCUAAUAUCCAUUCUUCUCCUACUAUUGGUUUUUUUAGAGGCUGUGGAAUCUGUAAGGCCUGUAUUACCACAUCAUUGUCCAAAAUACAGUUGUUCCAUAGUAACGUCACAGGGGAAACAUUCAAGGUGAAAUCUGAAAUUAGUUGCCACUCGGACUAUGUGGUUUAUUUACUACAGUGUCCCUGUGGCAAACAAUAUGUGGGGCGUACAAAGAGGAUUCUAAAGGUCAGAAUACUUGAACAUCUGAAUAACAUCAAGAAGAAACUCCAAACUCAUUCAGUUUCGGCCCAUUGUUCUAAUUGCCCAUUAUUUACUUUUCGGGAUUUUAUCUUUAUGGGCAUUGAAAGAGUUUUUCCAUUCUGGCGAGGGGGUGAUAGAAUCCAGAAACUAUCCCAAAGGGAGACUUUCUGGAUACACCGGUUAAAUACUCUAGAACCGAGGGGCCUCAAUAUUGGUAUUGAUUUAGUUUGUUUUUUGGAUUAGAAUCCAAAAUUGAUUUUUAUUUAUACAUACAUUUAUUUCCUUAUACAUCAUUAUUCUAUGAAUGAUGUUGAUUCUGACUAAAAUACAACCUUCCGUCCUCCAUAUGGGUUAUACAAGAGUAAAUAUAUGGCUAAAUUGUCCUGUACACAUUUAUUAAUCAAUGGGCAAAACACAACCACUUGGGAUAUUAGAUAUAUGUGUAACUCCACUUAAUAUUGGAGAUUUUCUAUAGGAACACUAUAAAAUUUAGCUCUUUUUAAUUAUAAUUCCUAUAUAUAUAUAUUUUUUUAUGUUAUGUUAUUCUUUAAAAAAUUCUUAUGGCAUGAACCAUUUACUAAUAACUAAUGGAUAUUGAUAUAUAUCAUAUAGUUUAAUCAUGCAUGGUACACUUGAAAUAUAAUGUUUUUGUUGAUAAUAGGAGUACAUGUAUUAUAUAUAUUGUGCACUUUGAACGCACCUUUCACUUUAAGAAAUACAGUGUGAUACGGUUUAAUUAUAAUAACCUAAUGGUGAUUGAUUAUAUUAAGUAAAUAAGGUUACUAAUAUUGCUUUUUUCUUCAGCAGAUAGAAUAUAUUGUAUUUUUACUGUUUUUUUCCUGAUCAUAUAUUUACAUUGAGACACAAUGAAGGUGGAACGCAUUUCAGCCGCGGGUGGAACGCAUGUGGAACGCAAGUGGAACGCGGAAGUGCGAUUCAUUUCCCACUUCCGGUUCCGGUCGCCCGAACGCGCCAAAAUUGAUUACAGUAACACAGGGAGGAUGAAAAACAGCUGAACAGCUCCUUCCCAGAACCAAUUGAAUAGCAGAUACUGGAUACCACCCACGGAACCACCAAUGAACAUGGGGAUUAGCCCUAUUUAAAGAGGACACAGGGAUGGGGGGAAUAGGAUGUUUUUUUAUAUACUGUAAUUGUAUAUUGAUUUUAUUCUUUAUAUACGGUCCCUGAUGAAGUUCUUUGCAGAACGAAACGCGUAGGACCAUACCGUUUUUUAUUAUACUUUAUACUGAUGGUGAAUACUCACCUUUUAUCAAUAAAUACAUCUUUUUUCUACCAUUACCUGUUUGGAGUCCUGAGCAUUAUUAAGGAAGCCUAAGAAGGAGCCAAGGGAUUACCAACCCCCCAUUCCACUAGGGGAGGCACCCUAUGAGCGAUAUAUUCUACUUCAUUCUGUGAGUGCAUUUGUAUUCAGCGGAAAACCAUGUGUUAAUUGUACUUCACUAUUUUGUGUAUACUUUUUGUGUUCCUUUUAGAUUAACUGUCCAGCCGUAUCCCGAAGUUCUGUGUUGCUUGUGGUUAGAUAUGUUGAAUGUACCUGUUUUAUGCAAUGGCUGCACAGUUAUAUGUUUUUAUGUGUUUUAUUGUCUUUUGCUGCCAUGUGUCCAACUGAGUUUUGCCUCUGUCUUUGGAGAUAAUUGGAUUACUUCACAAUUAUCUCCAGGAUAGAAGACUCUGUGGAACUGGUUUUGGGCAGAAAAGCUGUGCUUCCUUUGGACACAAAGGACUACGGUCUAUCUUUUGAACCACUGGACCAAUUUGGAUGAUUUUGACAUAUGUUUGUAUUUGGAGUAUGCUGAUUCUGAAAACGUUUUAUGUGAAUGUGAUGCAUACUUUUCAAGUUAUGAAUAAUGUGGAAAAAUUGUAUUUCUCUGCUUGUUAUAAUUACAUUACCCAUUGUGUAAGGUAAUUGAAUCACAGGCAGAGGGGAGGAUUUUGUGUGGGAGUGUCUGAGUGUAUUGUAUGUGUUUAUUGGUUGUGUUCCAAAACCCUGUGGGUGGUACUAAUGUGUAAGAAUGUGUACAUAAGCACAAUAAACCCACAGCUCUGACUGUUCACAGCUUGACCCUCAACAUGGAGCUUUGUCUCGUUCUUGGGGGGAUUUACUGUAUGCUGUUCCAGUUUGACUGCUUGGAGUGUAAACCUAUUUGUAUGGUUUUUCCUAUUCGGCUGUUUACAGCAUUCGUAUGGUUUCCUGUUCGGCGGAUUGGUGUUCUUUAGUAGCUGUGCCUGUGUCUCUGGAAGGGAAUAUCUACUAAACGGCGGUUUAACCCUUUUAUGCCUGAGGGUGCUGUUACAAUUGGUGGCAGCCGUGGGAUUGUUCCUACAGCCAGAAGGACAGCUACAGGAGACACCAUUUCUUUGGAUUUUACAAUUUGAGGGCAACGCAUGUCCCAGUACAGCGACCCUGACAGCACCAAGAUGGAACCAGCAGUGGAGUAUGAUGAGGGUGUCAUGGAUGACCGAGAUGCAGUUCGCAAAGGCAUCUGGUACCAGGCACUGGGUAUUGUGGAGUACCAGCGGGACGAGAGACUCCCCAAGGAAGACCAGCGAUUGCAGAAGCGACUAGCCCUGCGGAUGCCCUUCCUGGGAGAGCAACCCCUGAAUGAAUGGGUGAAGGAAUUUGAGCUCCGGGUAUGGCAGGAGAUGUGGCUGGAAGAUGCCUAGGAGGCGCUCUGGUGGUAUGGGGCACAGUACCUGCCCUGGACAGCCGAGCAUGACAAGCCAGAGGGAGAGGAGUUUGAUGGUCCUGGCUUGUUAAGGGAGGCUUUUUCAGAGCCUGAGUUUGGGAGCCCUACACAAGCCCGGUUCAGUGAUCUCUUGGAGUGGAGGGAGAGCAGGUAUGACUGGGACGACACUCAUGAGAUCGAGCAAGACCUGGUCCACCUAGUGACCCGAGAGAUGGAGCUGGAGCAGGGCUACCAAGAUCUGUUCCCCUCCAGUGAGAAGGCUCAGCAGGGAAGCGGAGACCCAGUUCCAGACCCAUUCAGCUGGGUAGAUAUUGCAGAGUAUUACUGGGAAGAACCCCAGGUGGUUGGUGGAGAUGGGACCGAGGUCUCUCCACCGGUCCUGCAGGGAACUGGGAGCCCAGGCUCCAUUCCCCAGCGGCAGAAUGUCCAAAAGGGAAUAGAGAGCCCAGUCUCCUUUCCCCAGCAGCAGGACUUUGUAUUGGGAGCAGAGACAGUCGGUCUCCCUCCCCCGCGGCUGGAAGUAUAUAUUGGAGAGGAGCUGGUUACCCCCUCUCACCAGCGGCAGCUUAACAUACCAGGGGGAGACAGUAAGUCCCACAACCGUGCAGAUGGGACCGUGGUCUCUGUAUUUACAGCACAGAGGGUAGGGACCGUCGGUUUUGCCCCCAGUGACAGGGCUGUUUAGCCAAAGGGGAGACAGUCGGUCUCCCCCUCCAGCAACCGAGCGGUGUAACCAAAGGGGAGACAGUCGGUCUCCCCCUCCAACAACCAGGCUUCAACUAGGCUACUCCCGUGGUAGCGCUGGCACCAGGGCAGAGUACCGCUGGUCUCUGCCCACUCAGCAACCCACUAAGUCAGCUUACCAGUCACCCACACAGCCGUGGUGAGGCACCUGGACAUGGACAAAGUUCUCCUCUACCCAGGCGUAGUAACCAUUUAUUGUGGGUAGGCUGUAUUACUGUUUGUGUGUUGUGGGUGGGCUGCUGGACUAACAAGGGCACUGACCGGCAGGAGGUCAGAUACCCUGUUAGUCUGUUUGGAAAAGGGGAGAGAUGUGACGAGACCAAUCUCGCCACAUUGCAUUGGAGAAGCCUGGUUGCUCGCCUGUUGCCUUUGGAUUAUGGCCCCACGUUAAAAGGCUUGAUUUUCCCCUGCAAAGACAUGAAAGCCUGGUCAUUUGGUGCUUGCCCUGUUUGAGCGGUGAUACCCCAGAUAGCUAUGCCAUGGAGCCCAUUCGUAUAAUGAAAGACUAUGGGAAAAACUUUGGCUCCAUGGCAAUUGAACUGUAUGUGUGUGCUCUGAGCGCCAUUCAGUAAUAAUGUGCGCUCAGAUCUGAGCUAUCUGGGGAUAUGAAUGUACCUGUUUUAUGCAAUGGCUGCACAGUUAUAUGUUGUUUGUGUUUUAUUGUCUUUUGCUGCCAUGUGUUCAAUGGAGUUUUACCUCUGUCCUUGGAGAUAAUUGGAUUACUUCCCAAUUAUCUCCAGCAUAGAAGACUCUGUGGAACUGGUUUUGGGCAGAAAAGCCAUGCUUCCUUUGGUCACAAAGGACUACGAUCUAUCUUUUGAACCACUGGACCAAUUUGGAUGAUUUUGACAUAUGUUUGUAUUUGGAGUAUGCUGAUUCUGAAAAUGUAAGUUUAUGUGAAUGUGAUGCAUACUUUUCAAGUUAUGAAUAAUGUGGAAAAAAUGUAUUUCUCUGCUUGUUAUAAUUACAUUACCCAUUGUGUAAGGUAAUUGUAUUACAGGCAGAGGGGAGGAUUUUGUGUGGGAGUGUCUGAGUGUAUUGUAUGUGUUUAUUGGUUGUGUUCCAAAACCCUGUGGGUGGUACUAAUGUGUAAGAAUGUGUUCAUAAGACUGUUCACUGCUUGACCCUCAACAUGGAGCUUUGUCUCGUUCUUGGGGGGAUUUACUGUAUGCUGUUCCAGUUUGACUGCUAGGAGUGUAAACCUAUUCAUAUGGUUUUUCCUAUUCGGCUGUUUACAGCAUUCGUAUGGUUUCCUGUUCGGCGGAUUGGUGUUCUGCAGUAGCUGUGCCUGUGUCUCUGGAAGGGAAGAUCUACUAAACGGCGGUUUAACCCUUUUAUACCUGAGGGUGCCGUUACAUUCGCUAUUAUUCUACUGGGAGUUUGGGAGAAGCUGCAAGGAUCGGUACUACAGAGAUAACAGGAAUUUGUCGACUAAAAAUGAAUGUAGAAAUUCACUGUCCAGGGUCUAUUUUUCUAUCCAUCUAUCCCAAUAGCUAUAUUGAUGGCCCUUCUUUGGAGCAAAGCUAGUAAUAGUCCAUUCUGCAGUGUAAAAUGCUUUGAGAAUCUUGGGCCAGCUAUCCACCCUGGAAGACUUCCAGUUUCUGGCUAUCGACGUUUUAACAGCCAUUAAGAUGUGUAAAAUAAUUGGUCUAGAUUCUCUAUUAAUCAUCCCCAUAUCCAUAUGCAGUAAAGCCAUAUUUGGAGUCAAUUUGAACUUAAUUUCCAGUAAAGUUGAUAAAUAUUGGUUUGUCAUCUCCCAGAGCGGUCUAAUUUUCGGGCAGUCCCACCAAAUGUGUUUUACAUCUGCAAUUGGUUCGGUGCAUCUCCAACAAUUCAAGGAGGCUGUAGGAUACAUUUUUGCUAUUUUUUUUAAGGAGUUCUGUACCAUCUAUUUAGUAUAUUGUAAUUAAUUUUAUGUAUAUUUAAGCAGUGGCAAGCUUUUAUAAUGUGUUGAGGGAGUUAUUCCAUUCUUUCAUAGUUAUGUCUAUUUUCAAAUCAUAAUUCCAUUUAGUUAUCGCCGAGGGAAUUGAUUUAAUCUGAGCCUUGUAAAUCAGUUUUUUACAUUUAUUGCCUAAAUGAGUAUAGUCUGUUUGCUCGUAUAUUUCUGAAAGAAACUGAACUGGAGGUUUAAGAGGAUUAAAUCUCAGGUAUGUUUUUUUAAAAGAUAUUACCCUUAUAUAAUUAAACCAUUCGGGAGAUGGAAUGUUGUAUUCAGCUUGAAGUUGUUCAAAAGAUUUUAAUGUAUUUCCUCUCAGGAUGUUGGAUAUCUUUUUCAUACCCUUAAAGCGGCACUGUCAUGCCGAAUCCUGUUUUGUUUUUUUUUUAACCCCCCUCCCGUCUCCACUAUCUCUAAUUGACCCCCGAGUCACCCCCAAAUGCCCCUAAGCCCCCCACAUUACCUAUUUUUUAAUCUUUAUUUUCUGCCCUGAUCUAUAUUCAGGGCGCCGCCAUCUUUGUGUGGGUAGAGGAAGUCCCUGUGAUACACGUCAUCUGCCCACACUAGAUAGCACUGAGAUUCCCGCACAUGCCCAGUUAAACACCUGGACAUGUGAACGGGAAUUUCAUCUAUUCAUUCAUUCAUCAGACAGACGAAUGAAUGAAUAGAAAUGUCAGACGAACAAACUAACACUGAGUAUCAGUGUUCAUUUGUUCGUGCAGUUUAUUACAAGGAGGGAGCUACCGGCAUGCAGCUCCCUCCUUGUAAUAUGUAACUAUAGAAGCGGCAGGGAGCAGUGCUCCCACUUCCGCCACUUCAUAAGUCAGUAGGUCCCCCCCUCAUUAUCUUUAUGGCCCCCACCCGCCGCCAAGGGGUGGGGGCCGGUGGGGUGGAUAGUAGGUCCCCUCCCUCAUUAUCAUUUGGCCCCCACCCGCUGCCCAGGGGUGGGGGCCGGGGAGGGAGGACAGUAGGUCCCCCCCUCGUUAUCAUUAUAGCCCCCACGCGCCGCCCAGGGGUGGGGGCCGGGAGGGGGGAGGACAGUAGGUCCCCCCCCCCUCAUUAUUAUUAUCAUUUUGGUUUUUUUACAGUGAGCAGCCACAGGCUGCUCACUGCUUACUAGACAUGCCCCUACUCGUGGUAUAGCGAGUAGGGGCAGCAUUUACUACUACUAAGUAAUUUUUACUUAGUAUUAGUAAAUGUGGCUGAAAGACCAAUUUAGGUCUUUCGGCCUUUUAGUAGAUAGCUCACUGAUACCGUGGGAAUUAGGGAGUUAUCUACUAAGCGGCUGCAAGAUGCAGCCACAGCAUGAAUAGGAUCGGAGUUUCAUUCUCAUUCAUACUGUUCUCAUUCAGUUAGAACGCAAUUCGGCAGUUUCGUGUAAAAUGACAGGAAGCAUAGCGGGAACACAGAGGAAAGGUAAGGAUCAUGGGAAAAUUGCUCUGACCAGCGGAAAUGAAGCACACUUUGCUCCUCCGCUGGUCAGAGCUGGUCAAGCGGAGGAAUCCUCCAUAAGGCAAAGAGUUCCUACUUUGUCUUAGGAUUUUAAAGACAACUAAAGAAGACAGGAAGAAAAGAAGAAGAGAUCCUGAGAGAGGGAGAAGAGUAAGAGAUUGAGGAAGGGUAAGUUCGGCAUGACAGUGCCGCUUUAAGGGUCAUAUUUCCAUAUUUAUGUCUAUCAUUAAGUUUGAUAGUAUAUUUAAAUGUAUACCAGGCAUUAUCUUCAUUUUUAGACCAAUUUUCUUUUAAAAAUUGAGACCAGGUAGGGAAGAUUUGCUGAACUAUCAGCAAUUUAGAAUUUUUAAUAUACUCAUUUGUUUCUUUAUCUAUGGGCCAUAAAUGGGCGUUGUAAUCCCUAUCUCCCGAUGUCAGAGUCUGUUCUCUUUUAUACCAAUUUUCAUUCAUAGAAUCUUCCUUAUUUGCAGUUAAAAUAUGUGCUGAUGUCUUGAAUGAUUUGAAUACUCAUACCUCCUUCAUCUUUUUUCCUGGACAUAAUAUCUUUUUUUAUUCUGGGUUUUUUACCUGACCAGAUACAUUUGGUAAAUGAUGGUUGAAUGAAUUCUAACCAACUAUCAGGGAUCUUUAUAGGAUAAUUCUCAUAAUUUUCGCAAAUUUCGGUACAAUAUAUGCUUUUAAUGUAUUUAUUUUCCCUGAGCAGAAGAUUUCCAGAGUUUUCCAUUUUUUUAAAUUAACAUUUGUUUCUUUAACGGUAAAAUAUUAAUUUCUGUCCAUUUCUUUGGGUUUUGACAUUUUUAUACCUAAAUAAUUAAAAUCAUUUUUGACUUGUUUAACCCCUUAAGGACACAUGACAUGUGUGACAUGUCAUGAUUCCCUUUUAUUCAAGAAGCUUGGUCCUUAAGGGGUUAAAUCCAUAUUUGUUUUCUAUAAUAUCAAUAUUGUUUUGAGAUGUAUUUAGAUGUAGUGCCGUGGAUUUUUCAGUGUUUAUCUUGUAAUUGGAAAAAUUACUGUAAUUUUGGAUGAUUUCCACAACAUGGUCGAUAGACUCCUCGGGUUUCUGAAUAGUUAUCAAUACAUCGUCUCGUAUAGCUUAAUUCUUUGGGUAUUAUUUUUCUUUAAAGAUUCCUCUAUCUGUUAUCUGACCUGUAAUAGUUUUUUUUUGUCUAAAAGUGGAUCAAAUGCUUAGUUGAAAUCCCCCAGAAUCACCAGAAUUCCUUGUUUAACUACUUCUAUUCAUCUUAAAACCUUAGUUAUAAAUGGAAAUGAAGAAUGGUUUGGGGCAUAAAGAUUGAUUACGGUGUAUAUGAUGAUAUCAAUCUCACAGACCACUGUGAUAAAUCUUCCCUCAGUGUCUUGUUCUGUAUAUAUAUUUCUGAAAUUCAAGUUCUUAGAUAUCAAUAUAGCGACCCCUCGUUUUUGUUUUUUUUUGUGCUCAAGAGAUGCUGAAAAGAUCGUCGUAUAGAUUUUAGAAUUUAAGUUAAUAUUAUCCUUCUUUCUCCAAUGCGUUUCCUGCACACCACACAUAUCAAUUUUCUGUUUCCUCAAAUAUUCUAGUAAAAUAGAUCUUUUAAAUGGAGAAUUAAGUCCCUGGAGAUUUAUCGUAGCAAGUCUAACCAUAGUCCCUGAUUGUUUUCCUCUUCUGAUCACUGGGUCUACUGCCUCGUAUCCGAACAUCAAAGUUCCAGUUCCACUGCAGACCAAACAAUUGGGAGCAUCUAAAGUAACUCUACUUUAGCAUUUUAUCAGUUGUCUUUAUCUUAAUGUGUGUAUUAUAAAUUGUCUUGUUUAGGUUUUUAUUGUCCUCCCCAGCUCUAAUCUUUGUUUUCUAUUACAUUUUUCUACUUUUAAUAAAAGCUGAUAGGAGGAUCCUGAAGUGUAGGGAUGGUUUGUCAGCUCUUAAUGUAUUUAGGAGACAAUUCAUUCUGAAACUUUUCUAACUUGUAACAUUUGAUAAACAAUUAAAUAUAGCAAUAAUGUAUUGAGAUUUUUCUUGUGAAAACAUAAUGCAAUGAUUGUGGCGGACCACUGUCCCUAAGUACCAUGCCCACUGCUCAUUCAUGUGUUUUCCUCUGUGUAUUGUACUUUUCCCCUUGUUCCCCUUGUAUUUUGUGUAAUCUGCACUGUUAACCGUUCGGGAGCAGUCAUGCGAAAGGAACCUGUUCGCCUCCCGACGCGGACCACCCAAUACCCAUUUAGAAUGUUCACACCAAUCAAUCAGAGCGUUCGCACCUGCAACAUCAGUGUGAAACCACAAGGGAAGUAAUUAAUGAGUGCUCCCCUUUGUAGCUGCCAUUUAGUAUAGACAAACGCCACCCAGGGGGAGCAUUCAUAUCCUGAAAGGAGAUGCUACCCUUGCGAGGUCUUCGCACCGGGACUCCGCGAACGGGUCUCUGAGCUUGGUGGGGACACUGUUGGGGUACUGGUGGUUCGGAUCACCCUACCUGCUCCUAACGGAGCUAUAAUUGUCACAUCCUGUUCUGUGGAGAUGUCUGGUCUUGGCUUCUGGUAUCCAGUACUCUUUUUACAAUUCUUGUUUAGUUUUUCUUGUUUUUUCUGGAUUUCUAUUCUAUGUCUGUUUUUUUUUUUUAUGCUGGGUUUUCUGGGUUGAUUCCUUUAUUCCGUUCCUGAAAUUCCCAGUCUCCUGGAUUCCUUUAAAUGUUUGUUUUUUGUUGCCACACCCGUUCCUUUGCCAUUAAUCCUUUUGUUUCAGUUGGUUCCUGCAGGCUGUGGUUUCGUGUCCUCUGCCCCUUUCUUUGCAGGUAAGUGCUGUGUGUGUUUUAUUGUUGUUUAUUUAGUCAUGCAUAUCUAGGCAGGUAGGACCCACUGUAAUUGGAGUACUUUGUCGCAGUUGUGGGCUGCAUACAUCUUGUACAGUCCUGUCCUUCCCUGUUCAUGUUUCCUUCAUGUCCCGUCUGCAUGUUCUGGAUUCUGCUUUCUGUCCUGCUCCUGUUCUGGGUUCUUCUAGUCUCGUCUUGUUAUCUUGUUUGGUGCCUGUUCAAGUCUUGCCUUGUUUCUAGUACUGGAUACAUAUCUGCUGCCAAGCCUCCCUAUCCAGAUCCUGGGAGGUCUGCAUAUUUUCUCCUAGCUCCUGGGAUCCGCAAAAGCUGAAUCAGGGCGCUGGUAUAUGGCCGCACAAACCAUGGUGCUCAACACCAGGGGGCUUGUGGUUACCCUGCACCAGGCCCUGAUAGUCCAUUUCCAUGCUGAGAAUCCCAUCAUCAUCAGGCACUCAGUGGUCCCGGUCUCCGAACCGCCACCCGUGACAAUAAUCACUACUUUCUCAUCCUGGGAGCUGCGAGACCAGGCUCGUAGCUGUCCAAGGAGCGCCCUCCCCGGGGCUGCCUAAGUGGAGGCAGCCACCGGAAAGGGGCGCGAGCCCCGGUGGAGACCCUAGAGCUUUGAGUCUGCUUCCAGGCGGCCAGCGGAACCGCUGCGGCUGCGAAGUAUGUCCCGACCAAUAGGAGAAUGAGCUCCCAUUCAAACUGGGUUUGCGCCAUUCUCCUGAUAGGUCGGCAAGAGUGAGCGCUGAUUGGUCGCUGCGGGGAUGUACAGAGCCUCGAGCCCAGACUUUGUAUGAUGGUUUCUACGGGCUCUGUAUAUCCGAUAGCCCCACUAUUUGCAGGGUUCAAGUGUUAUUUUUUACAUGUGUGACCUCUUCCCGGGCUGCGGAGCCCCUAAGUUUGCCUUCCUUUCCCAUAUGUUUUAAUGUAUGUAACUGUUGUCCCAUUGGUGUCUCCCAAAGUGGGAGAUGGUUAUCUGUAACCCAUCCUUUCCUCCUGCCUGGGACAAAGGAAAGUGUAUUGAAAGAGUGGAGACCCCUUGUGGGGGUCUGUGCUUAAAAGGAAGCUGUACCAAUAAAGGAUUGUCAGUGUUGUAUCCCUCCAAACUGUGUGGCGUCUAAUUACUGGGGGGGAAAUGCAUGCCUGCUUAUUGUAAGGGUUCCUGAAUGGCUUAAGGAAGGGAAUUAGCGGCGGUAACCGGUUAGGUUACCAAGGAUUCCGCUACAAUGAUGAUUUCACACACAAUCCCAAUUUAGGAAUUGUGCUUGGCUCGUUCUAAGUGCAUGAUAAUCUGGAUAGGGAUCCUGUGUAUCAGUGUCCAUGGCACUCAAUAGUUUUGCAGCUCGGAUCUUAUAGGUCUCCUCAUUAUUUCGGUGUAUUUAGAAGGAGUGGUAAAUAAUAUGACAUUUGUUAUCCAGUUGUUUUUGUUCCUGUCACAGGAAGUUCAAUGGCUCACUCUGUAUGAGUCUGUCUUUAUUAAGAUCUCUGCUCUUCGUACAAAAUACACCAUCCAGCUGACAAUGGACCUGGCAUGGAGUGAGAAGACUAAACGAGUGUUAAACAUCACCUUGGAGAUUGUCUACCUGCUGAUCGGAGUGGUGAGUAGUAAAGGCAAUGUGACAAUGACACCACUUUGAUCGCUAUGAAGGUUCAUUGACCUUAUUAUAUUAGUUGUUAUAGCCUCAUUGGAAGCUUUGUUGGGGAGAUGGUGGAUGAGAUUUGUCAGAGGGCGAUGUUUGAUUAUAUGCUUAAUCCUUAUUGUUAAAGGAGAAUGUGUGUAGAGAUUCCCAACAGAGAAAGAUGGCAAAGUAAAGGGAUAGUUUAAAUACAAAUUUACGUAGGUCCAUGGAGACGUAUUUGUGUGGUUUGUUUUAAUCCUCUGAGUUAUGUUGCCCGUUAAUGUUUCUGUCUUUGUGUAGGAUUAUAUAGAGGUAAAGAAGCACAUUGAGCAUAUUCCAUACAGUAGAAUCCCCUCCAAGGCAGUAUUCUGCCGGAGCCAGAAACCCAAACAUGUAUCACCUCCCUCGCUGAUCCAUGAGAGAACCAAUGAGCAGAAGAUCCUGGAACUGACCAAUCAGAUCAUUGAGUUGCUGACUGGAGAGGUGAGGCUGCUGGGAAUGCGACAUUAUACAGUAAAACCAAGUGAUGUGUCUGGAUGGUCACUGUAUCAUUGUGUGUGUCAGGUUCCUAUAUGGUGUGACAAUGUCUUCAUGGAGCAGUGGGACAGUUUAGAAGGACAGACAGACCCUGUUAUUGACAUGUUUACCUCAAAUCACCUGCCUUUGACUUCAGUGGGUAAGAAAUUAUUAAUUCACUGUCAUGUGUUUUUUUCAUGUCUACAGCAGAGGCCCCUAAAGUACUUUAGCUUGCUGAUACUAGAUGAAAACGGUUAAUAUAAUAGCAGCCCUAAUUUGGCCCAUUUGCAUCAAUUUUUCCCAUUUGAGGUAUGAUUUCUUGAUAGUAUUAAAGGCAGUCCCAUCUGAUUUGAUCUUCUUGAUGAUGAUUAAAUAGGAGGGUUUAUAAUAUAUCCAAUCUACAUGCCAGUCAGGGUCUUGGAUACCUUACCCUCAUACUGAGGAAUUGUUUACAUUAAGCUUUCCCUUUCUUCGAGAAUCUAUCGAUCUGUGACAGGCGGCUAUGGUUGGUCACACUUCUCCCCAUAGAGGGGCUUGGUGCAUGGGUGAACCUCUUCGAUGACGCUGUGGAGAUGGGCGGGGAUGUAGGAUCAUGCCUUUCCUCACACGGCUAUUCAGAGUAUAGGCGAAUUGGGACUAAGUGUUCUCCCUUCCUUUUAACAUCUAAGAGUUCCGAUUGGCUAAUAAAGGGGGAAGGCGGGUUCUAUCCCAAUUCAAAAAUGGACGUACUGUGGGCUAAGGCCUACCUGCUCUUGAGAAAGACGUGUUAGAAUGCUGAAAUACUCAUCAAGGCUUAGUGCCGAUGGGCUCACUGUGUUGAUUUUAUUUUUUUCACUAAUUAGUAUGGUGAAUUUAUACAUAUAUUGAUACUAAUGGAGAUAUCAUGUUUUUUCCUUCUUGUGAGCUGUAGGGAAGAUUUGAUAGAUUUAAUAAGGGUUCUGCCUCGAAGCAGUAGGUUGGGAAGAGUGUGUGUACUAUAUAGGGGGGAGUUUUAGAUACUUAUCACCCUAAUCCAUACCCCCUCUCUCUACCCUUAUAAUAUAAAUCUACGAGAUGGAAUUACACUUGACUAUUUGAGUUUCCUGUCCCAGUUUUUUUUACUAGUUGAAUUUAAUGAUCUAUUUCUAGCCUGAUAAAUACUAAUGGUGACUUGUGGUAACCCACAAAGAGCGGAUUGGAAUGAGCUUUAAUAAUGAGUCUGGUUACAAGCUAGCUUCGCUCUUUUUAUUAAGUUUACUGCAGGAGAAUUGUAUACUGAGGAGCCUUUGAAGUUUGAACCUCAGUUUAUUCGAGUGAUCCAUUUCCAAUUUUGUAGUUUGUUGUUUGUCUACUCAUACCCAUGUAUACCAUUUAAUGUAUAAUAGGGUUUUUUCAUGUACUUCCAAACUCUGCUACCAUAUAUUCUGUGUUUUUUCUCACUGAUAUGAUAUAUAUUUAUAUACUAAUAAUCGAGCUCUUAUUGCUUGACUUUCGAGAUUGCUGUAUAGUUCCGAUUUUCCACUCAUUACAUGUUUCUCUUUUCAAACUAGUAUCUUGUUAUACUGCUAUAUAAUAGAUACAAUGCGAUUCUGUCGGCUCUCCUUAAAAGAAUAUUGAAGAUACUGUGUGUGUUCAAGAAUUACAAGUAUUAGGAUCGGUAUUUCCAAGACCAUAUUUGUUCCCCAAUCUUUUUAUUUACGUUUCACCUUUUUUCAUUUGUAGCACGUUUGCACUCUUUAAAAAUUUUUUCUCAUAAUAUUGUAUCUAAAUUAUCUUCUAUCUAAGAACGAUUUUCUAAUUGGUGGAAAUUCUAGUGCAGUUUGGUUCCCCCCUCUUUUAUAUGGGUGGUUCAUUCUUCGUUGACAUAAGGUUAUGCCCUUAUUACCUACCUUACCCAUUCUAAGCAACAGAGUAAGUUUUUUAACUUGCAUCUGAAGCUAUUUUUCUUGUUUCUUAUUUAAAAAAAUGUUACCAGGAAGGAUACAGUCUGUCCUGGGCCCACAAACACUGCAUUGUUACACUAGGGUACAAUAUUAUAAACAAAUAAUACUAUAUAUACACACACACACACAUAUAUAAAUGUAACACAUAAUAGUUUAUAUAUAUAUGUAUAUAAAUGAGGCUCGAGCCACUUUAUUUUUGUAAUUUUGGUGUAUAGAUCAUGCCCUGAUCUAAUCUUUGCCAUUUAGGAGUUAAAUAACUUUGUUUAUACAGCCCUAGUCACACUCCCCGCAUGUCACUUACACAGCCUUUCUAGACACUUCCUGUAAAGUCAUCUAAUGUUUACACUUCCUGUAAAUUUAAAAUUUCUUAUCUCCUGCUCUGUUAGUUGCCUUUCAGACCCUGCCAGCGCCUCCUGUGUGAUUAAAGUUCAAUUUACAGAGCAGGAGAUAAAACACUUUUAAAGUAAGUUAACAUCUGAUAGAACGUAAAAAAGUGUUUUAUCUCCUGCUCUGUAAAUUGAACUUUAAUCACACAGGAGGCGCUGGCAGGGUCUGAAAGGCAACUAACAGAGCAGGAGAUAAGAAAUUUUUAAUUUACAGGAAGUGUAAACAUUAGAUGACUUUACAGGAAGUGUCUAGAAAGGCUGUGUAAGUGACAUGCGGGGAGUGUGACUAGGGCUGUAUAAACAAAGUUAUUUAACUCCUAAAUGGCAAAGAUUAGAUCAGGGCAUGAUCUAUACACCAAAAUUACGUGAAACCAUUUUGUUUUCAUGCAGACUGUGUCAGUCAGAGCCAGGGGAGGUGUGGCUAGGGCUGCAUAAACAGAAACAAAUGUGAUUUAACUACUAAAUGGCAGGGAAUUGAGCAGUGAGACCGCACGGGCACAAUCUAUACACCCAAACUGCUUAAUUUAGCUAAAGUUGUUUUGGUGACUAUUGUGUCCCUUUAAGAUGGUUAUGUAUUAACAAAAUCUGGACCACGUCUAAGUGACUUUAUCAUUUUCCUUUUGUUACCAUAUUCCCACUCCUUUAUGUUAAAGCUCUUUACAUUCAGUGUGUUCCUAUGGCAACACAUAACAUGGAAGCAGCACAGCAAAUGACCAUUUAUGAAUAAAAAAUAAGAAUUAAGCCAUAUACAAAUAAUAAUAGAUUUCAAUUAAAGCACUCUAAAAUUUCUUUACAAAAGGAGGAAAUAAAAGUUCAGCCCCCCAAAAUUACGAUACAUGUACUGUAAACAUUUCUCUGUCACGCGACCCCAAAUCGUUUCACAUGCAUUUUGUCCUCCGCCUUAACCCUGCCGCCAAAUGACCAUCUGUAGGAGUGAUCGGACAGGCUAUUUGUUAUGCAUGCUUUUUUUUCUAAAAAUAAAAAAUAACCAAACACUUUGUAACAUGGUCGGGCUAUGUUUUGAUUCACCUAUUCACAUCUCAGUAUAUAACAUUUCUGUCUUCUCUAGCGUUUUACAAGCUCUUGUGGUUACACUAUUUUUUUAAUAUUCCUUUUUUAACAGAUUUUUCUGAAUCCAAAAAUUCAUCUGCACUUAUUAAGGAUGAAUUAUCCACAAGUGAAGUAAAUCUCACAGACAUUUAUGCUUCCACAGAACAUCCACAGACAGAAUAUCCAUCUACUCAGGUUAAAGAGGAAUCGACAUCUGGCAAAGAAGGAAAUCUCACAGACAUUUCUACACCCACAGAAAAUCCUAAGGCAGAACAUCUAUCUACUCAUAUUAAAGAAGAACUGGCCUCAAGUCACAAAGAUAUCACAGACAUUUUUACACCUACAGAACAUCCACAGACAGAACAUCUAUCUACUCAUAUUAAAGAAGAAUUGGCCUCAAGUGACAAAUAUAUCACAGACAUUUUUACUCCCACUGAACAUGCACAGACAGAACACACAUCUAUCCACAUUAAAGAGGAAUCUGUCUCAAGUGAAGAAGAAAAUCACAUUGACACAGACAUUUAUACAGACACAGAACAUACCCAGAUAGACUAUACAUCUAUUCAUAUUAAGGAGGAAUCGGCCUUGGAUGAAGAAGAUCUGACAGACACUGACACUUUUACACCAACAGAACAUCCACAGACAGAAUAUACUUCAAUUCAUAUUAAGGAGGAAUCCGUCUCAUGUGAAGAAGGCAAUCUCACAGACACUGACAUCAAUGUGAUAUAUAACUGUCCUAAAUGCCAAAUAACAUUUAAAAGUCAAACAGAAUUUAUUCACCAUAGGACAGACCACAAACAAGAAAUCAGUGGCUGCAAUGAACAUAAAAAAGAGAAAGCGUACACAACAGAAAGUUCUGAAACAGAUACGUGUUUCAGCCAAUUCUCAAGUCUUGAUCCAUCUCAUAAAGUUCACAUGGGGGAAAAACCAAUGAUAUGUACUUGUGGGAAAUGUAUUUGCCCAAAUGCAAAGCAUCAAAAAUUGCAACCAAAAGAAAAACCAUAUGGUUGCUCUGAAUGUGGGAAGUUUUUUAGUCGUAAGUCCGAUCUUGUUGUACACCAGAGAAUUCAUACUGGAAAGAUGCCUUAUUUGUGUCUGGAAUGUGGAAAAUGUUUUAACCGUAAGUCUGUUCUUGUUCGUCAUCAAAGAGUCCACACAGGGGAGAAACCGUAUUCCUGCUCUCAAUGUGGAAAAUAUUUUACUCAUAAGUCAGGUCUUGUUAAACAUCAGCGGAUUCACACAGGAGAGAAACCCUAUUCCUGUCCUUAUUGUGGCAAGUGUUUUACCCAGAACUCUCACUUUAUUACACACAAGAGAAUCCACACUGGAGAAAAACUGUAUUCUUGUUCUGAAUGCGGGGAGCGUUUUAGACGCCGGACCCAGCUAAGUAAACAUGUGAGAAUUCACAACAAAGAAUAGCUCUUUGCAUUUCACGAAUACUUAGAAAAACUAACUCACAUUCACAGUUAGAUAUCCAGCUAAAUAAUACAGCAUAUUCUGGACAUCCGUCAUGAUUGCCUUUUAUUUCUGGAGCUGUGUCCUUAAGGGGUUAAGACGUUUAUCCAUGCUUCUAUUAAAGUGGACCUCUCUAUAGAUAAAACAACCCCAACAUUAUGUUGGCAUUACUAUGAAGUUUCAGUGCAGUCAAAAAGUAUAUGUUAGAAAAAUACGGACUUCUUCAGCUAAUGUACAACUACGGAAAAAGAAAACAUGGAAAAAAAUAUGAAUAUUGAUGAUUUUCCAGGUGCUUUGCCUUUUCCUGUUAGCUACCGUGAUUGAUGGCUGAUGGAUAAAAGACAUUGUCUUGGACAUUGCGGAAUGGAUUCUUAUGCAAUCUGCAUACCUAAGUAAAUAAAGAUGGCAGUGCCAAUGGAGAAGGGUUAAUUUAGGAGGCUCCUCCGUCCAUUUUACCACCUGGCACCAUUCUGUGGAUGUGUUACCUGGGGAAGUCUUUGUAAAAAUGGCAAGAGCUCCACUAAUGACAGGUUCACUUAAAGAGCAGGGUUGGUGGAUCUAGGAAAGGUAAGCACUAAAGUCUUUACCGUGGUUGGCUGAAUUGUCUAAAAUUGAUAUUCUGCCAGGGUAUCAUGUAGUACCAGAACAAUGUAAUAAAGGCUUUCACUCUACCACGACUUGGCAAAUUCAAUAAAGAGGCAAUUGUAAAAUUAAAGUUUGUUUUGUAAAAAAAAAGUAUGUGUCUUGUUUCAUUAUUUUUUGUUAUAUUAGAAUGGGAGUUGAAAUUCUGG